CAGCAGCCACCCAGCAAAACUGAGCCUCUGGACUACGACAGGUAACCUGGACCGUCUCGAGGUCUGAGCCAGUGCAAGUUGGAGCGUCCCGAUAAGCGCACGUGUAUCUCUGGCACGACUUCCACCCUCAAGCCACCACACGCUCACAGGACUUCGACUGGCACCAGCCGAAACGGGCUUCGAUCACAUACCAUUUCUACCGAAAGGACACUCGAUAAAGAACUAAAACUUUGUUUUGUGAAGAAGUUUACCUAUGAUCUAGGUUCAAUCGUUAGUGAAAUGAGCAAUAUUUAACAUGAACAAAACUGUCUGACUGUCUAUUCAAGGAACCCUAAGAUGUAAGCCAAAAGGAUAUAAAACGAGGACAAAGAAUUCUUAUAAAAUGUGACAAGUACGUUAAACGGAGGAAGAGAGAAUUCAAAGUGAAACGAAAGACAAAACUAAAGACGAAAGUGUAAGAUCAAACAAAAAUCCUCAGUACAGAGAAACACAAAAACAACGCCAUGCCUAGUAACCUUCAAAGGUUGGCAGCAGUGUGUUGCACCCUGUGCAUUUGUGCUACAGCUUUGCAGCAACAUUCAUCAUAUCGAUUAGUUGUUGGAGAUGGAGGUUACGCUCGUAUUCUGAAACCAGCACCUUCUAUUUCUGACCUUACUUUGGCUGCUUGGGUAAACAUUACACAGUUCCCAUAUGGAGUUGCACCUAUUCUAACAGCUGUAUCACCAGAAGCUGACAGCCAAGUGGCUUUUUUCCUCAGACAUGAUGGCCUGGGAAUACUCUGGGGAGGGCCACCUCCCGUUCAACCAUACCAAAUGGACCAAGUAGAUCGCCAUCCACGAACACAGUGGACUGCAGUACAGCAAAACCCGCAAAAAAGGCAACGAAGAGAUGCAGUUGAUUACAGUGGUGGACUUGGAGACAUAGAAAAUAUCAUGGCAGACUCACGCAAAGGUCGCUCCUUUGACACUUGGUCACCAUACAGUUUUGUUGAUGUGGAUACAAUGGGUGUGGCAGACCUAGAGGCUUCUCCAUCUGGGCUGAAUGCUGACCUUCAUCUCCUUCCAACUCGAGAUGGCUUCUCGAGAUCAGAAUCUUACAAUGAUUGGACAGUUGUUCCCUAUGAACUAACUAUGCAAGAAAGUGACCCAUAUGACCUGCACUUAAAAGAACCAGAACCAAGAAUAAUCACAGAGCCUUCAGGUGAUGAUGAUUUCGUCCUCUUCAACUGGAAUGUACCUCAACAACCAAAGCCCUCAAUACCACAGUCACCAAAUGAGUGGUCACCAAUGUGGCAACUAAACAAAGAACCCAAAGAUGUGGCCGGUCAAGAAGAAAUAAAACAUUCAACAACUGAGAAAAUUACUUGGGAUAAUAAUGCUGGGUGGUCUUCACAAGUGACUGAGGUCAAAUUGGGACCCAACCACUGGAAUCCUUAUGGAAUAAGGGGAACAUCCUUCUCAAGCCAAAGCCCAAUACAUCAAGCUUCAACAACUACAACAACACUUCGACCUACUACCACUACACAUAGAAAAACGACAAUUUGGCCAACAAGGACAACUACAUCUCAACCAAUAACUAGGCCAAGUGAAUCACGUCUCUCAAUACAAAGACUAACACCAAGGACGACAACACAGUUCCCAACAACCACCACUCCAAAUCCUCCUCAUUCAAUUCACUAUGAGACACACCAGCUUAAGCCCAGCUCACAAAACACACCAGGAUUUACCACCACAAGGAGACCACAUACCCGAGAGCCAAACAAACCACGUCAAUCCCCUUCACUAUCCAGACAAUCAACACGUAUGCCUCUGUGGAAACUCAUAAACCAACCAAAUUCUCAUCAAUCUUCAUCUCAUCCUGACAGUGAAACAACUACAUUACCACCUACAACCACAACACCUACACAAUCAACACAAACAACUACUACAAUAAAAACCACCUCAACAACACAGAAACCAAUAAGAACUUCAACCACAAGGAAAAGCCUGCCACAAACCACACUCUCAAGAACAACUACUUUAAGACCAAGAGCUGCUUCAGCUAUUCGUUUUACAUCACCACAGGGUGAAUCAACUGAAAAGCCUCAGGUAUCAGGACUAAAAUCAAAAGUAUCCAUUUGGUCAACAGCUGAAGAUAUUCUUAAACAUAAGGAGCAAAAUCAUAGUGAAAAAUGGAGUGACAAAACAUAUGGAAAUGCAAAUAAUGUGAAUAAGCAAAAAGCAGUACAAAUCAGACCUCAUCACAUAGAAGAAUUCAAACGUGCAAUGGAAGGGCUCCCUGCAAUCAAAGAUGGAAAUACAGCUGUUGUCUACUCAGUACCAAUCACAAAUGUUGAUGCGUUUAAUGCCAUGUAUGAACAUUACCAAUCCCAAUUAGCACCAGAACCACCUAAAACAACAAAGGCUCCCACUAUCGUCAGAGAAGAAACUCUAGUGGUCCAUGAAGAGGAGACAAAUGAAAAUCAACUGGGAGAAAAUAAUCUGCAUUUUAGAAAUACCAUUCCUUUUGGAUUCUCAAAUGAGCAAGAGGAUACCUUUGAGGAGACGGUAGCUCCUGCCAUUAUAACAGAGGAGAAAGCUGUACUACUUCCAACUGAGGAGCCACUACCUCCUACUCCUUCAAGAAGUGAUAUACCUAUCAAAGAUGAUGAUGAAUCAUCCCCAACUAAACCACAUAAUGAUAUACCUGUUGUACAGUAUGUUCAGCCAACUAGAAAAUAUGUGGGAGUAAUUGAAGAGGCAGCUAGCAAACUUUCCCCUUCUGUCAUCAAAUUUACAGAGGAGAAUGCUCAGCAUUUCCAUAAACAGCAAACCAUUGCAGUUGCUAAAGAAGAACAAGAUAAUCUAGAUGCACAUGAAAUUAUCUCUGAAAAACCUACAACAAUGUCAUUAAGUACUAUUCUACCACCUGAAACAACCACUGAAAUCAACAAGAAAAGUGUUGUUACUAGCACUUUACCAGAUAUUUCAGAACCAGUAACAGCUAAAACUUCUCAACACAAUUCAGGAUACAGACCUACUAUUCCACCAAUUACAGAUUUCUCAAUAAAAACUGCAGGAACAGACAAACCUCUAAUAAUACAAGAAUUUAAUCCAUCUUUGCAAGAAAAACAUGAACUGCCAAUAUCUGCAAAACCCACAACAGAAGCAACCACUACUACUACUACUGCUGCUACUACACAAGGAACACUUCACUUCAAAACUAAUGCUCAUUCUAGCCCACCAAAAAAUCAGUCAUCUGAAAGCGAUAUCCCACUACAAUCUAAUAAUUUUGCAGUAUUUCAUAUAAGUGAAGAUGAUAUUCCCUAUUAUCCAGAAGAAAGGGUGCCACCAGCUGAAGAAGUGUUCUCUGUUGAUGAGAUAUACCCUGAAGGAAUUCUAGCAACACAAGACGAGACCCAACCUGUUUCCCAUUACCAAGAACCUACUCAUCUCUAUCAUCAGCAACUGCCACCAGAGUAUAAAUAUGAAGCUGCACCUCACCCAAUUGCUUAUGAAGGUCCCAUUAACCAAACACCAGACCCCAAAACAGAUGAAUCUGACAACACACAAUAUAGUGCUGACCCACAAACUUUAUUAGAGCAAGGAUUGUUGCCCCAACCAGUGCAUUAUGUAGAUUCACGAGAGGAAGCUGACAAAUGGAUGCAAAAUCAAUAUGAGCAGGAGUCCCAAGUUGAAGAACGUAUCUUUGCUGUUGAUUCUAGUGAUACAGUAAAUACUGUAACAGAUGUACCUAUUCCUGACCCUGAAAGCCCCUAUCCCGCUGGUGGUAACUUCCACUUUAGAAAACUGCCUUUUGAAUUUCUGGAAAAUCAGUGGUACCAUAUUGUCUUCACUUGGAGUAGUAAGGAUCACCAAGUUGGAGUUUAUAUUAAUGGAGAACUUGCAGGGACACUGACGAAUGUCCUUUCUGGUAAAAAUGUUCUUGAAGGUGGUGGAUUAACAAUCCUGGGUCAAACUCUCUUACCUGACCUGACUGACUUUGACCCUACUUCACAGUUCAUAGGUGAAAUGAGUGACAUAAACUUAUGGGGACAACGUUUCGGACCUGAUGCAGUCAGAGCAAUGUAUCAAUGUAGAACGGAUAUUUCAAUUUCCCCAGUCUUAAAUUGGCAACAGCUUUCUAUGCGGUUUUACAGUGACGUUACCACUCAUGAAAAUAACCUUUUAUGUGGAGCAUGAACGUGAAAACUUGGAAAUUUCUUACAAGACAAAUCUACAAAGAAGGGGUCUGAAUGUCAUCAUCAAUUAAAAAACAAACAGUGUACUAAUUGGGAAUAAAUCUCUGUGUACAUAUGAAGAGUGUUAAGCCUUAUCAGCAUACAAAAUUAAGGUCAAUCACUUGUCCAUAUGUAUGAAUGUACAGUACAUAAAUAGUUUUUAAGUCUUAAACUAUUGCCCUGCUUAUUUCUUAUUGAAGCAGGGCAUACAAGUGUUUGUGGUGGUGUGACAAGGCGAUGGGAAGUGACCCUAGUUGAUGACAUUUAUCUGACAUAAGUGCUAUUUACCAGUAUUACCAUAAUAUAAAUCAACAUGCGGGUCGUGUUGAGCCAUUUUCAAGAAAUCUUUGUAUUGUGGUGUGACAAAAGACACUUUAAGGACAAAAAUGAGGAUUCUCAAAAUAUAUCUAUUUUUUUCAAUAAACAAUGAAAAAACAAGCUAAUUCAAAAAUUACUCUGGGCCAAAAAAAAUAAGUCAGACCAAGAAAAAUUUUGUGAUAUAUAAUUAUUCUGAACUACAUAUCUCAAAAAAAUUCUUCCCAGCUCUUCCAUUGGCGAGGAUUCUCUACAACUCUGGUGACUGACAGAGAUAUCAUACCAUAUAACAUAUGUGUUUACUUAUGUGCAGAUUGAGUGUUUAUAAUUGUUUGUUUGUUUCCUUGUUAGUGUAUAUUUAUAGAUGCAACCUUCAUCCUGCUCCUUCUUGUUACUAGAUGCAUAGUUUGCCAUAUCAGAUUGCUAACAAUAAAUUUCAUCCACAAUUCUUCAUACAGUACUACUAAUGUAUCCAGCUCAUCAUGAACUCUUGGGAGUCAGGGCUUGAUCUCGCAUCUAGGGAUUUGGAAAACGCUACAAAUAUGAUCAAAAUGCAGGAUGACUUCCUAUACGAUGCUCUUUCCUUAUUCUAUAUUGUAGAGAUUAACUAACUUCACUUUGUUACCUAUAUUAUCUCAUUCUUCCCACCACUAUGUUUAUCAAUGCCAUUCAUGUACAAGUAGAUAACCCAUUUUCUAAUGUAAAAUGUCCAUUUUUUUAUCAUUCAGUUUCUAAGUGCCUUAAUAGAGUAGAUUAUCAUUAUCAUAAUUGAAAUAAUUAAUUUGCUUCAAGGUUUAAUUACUGUGUUCAUAAUGCAGUCAUUUCCAAUAUCUACUUAAUACUAGUAUGUCACCGUUUCAUAUCUAACUAAAAGUGACUGGAAUGCAGGCAUUUCAUUAUGUUACCCAAUUCCAAUUACAUAACCAUAUCAAACUUUGUUUGUGAACUUGCAGACUUAGAAAAGACAAACUAAACUUCCAAUAAAAUCGUGUCCUUUAUCGUCAUUGGAAACUGAAUUUGUUUUACAAUUAGGUUCAGAUUUGCAGUAUAUUCUAUUAACAUUUUCAAAAAAUUAAAAUAAAAGUGUUAAUUUUGUUUUUCUAUAUGCAUUGCAAAAAUAAGUCUGCAUUUGAGUUUUCAGGCCGGAACCCUGGAAAUUAAUUUGAAACCCCACCUUUAAGCCUAUACCAAUGCUUUCAUUUAACUUAUGUCCCGCCAUGUGAAAUACACAAAAUCUACCAUACAUAUAAAAAUGUACUCAAUGGAUAUGCAUUUCAAUUCCUUUGGAUAAAUAUUCACCUUGUGAAAACCAUUCUGGAAAUAUCCAGCACCAAUGAAGUCAGUUUUUAAUAUGUACUGAAAAACUGAUACUGCCAAACAAUCUGCAUAUGCUGUUGGGGUAACUAUCACAAAUGAUUCAACAAAUAAAUUCAGAGAAAAAAAAUUUUUCCAUUAUCUUAAACAGUAUGCAUAAAAGGGUUUUGUAAACUUUUAAAAAAUAUGUAAAAACUACAAAAAGCUGCUUAUAUUAAUGAAAAUAUCUGAAGUACAUUUGUGAAAAUGAGGCUACUUGUACAACUGUACGGUACUCUAAGCAGUAAGUGUUUUUAUAAUGAUUGUUUUUACUAUAAAGAUUCCACUCAGUCAUUACACAGAAAAACAUUAAUACCCUACAGCAGUCAAAGGUUGCAGUUUGUAUCCAUGUAUAAAUUAAAAUAUGUACAAUACACUUUUCUUGCAUUUCUUAAAAUACAACUGUUAAGUAGGUUUUUGAUCUGUAAUAAAGGUAAAUUGUGUAAAAUUUUUAAAAAUAAACAAUGGUAUGUAAAUGUCACAAACUGUAAGCUGGAACUAUGAAUAAAGACUACUUGGGAGUAUUACUGAAA